AUGCUCUUUGCGCCGGACCGCGCACUGCUGCGACCGCAGUUUGAGGCGUAUCGCCUCGUGCCGGGCGAUGUGCCGAAGCAACAUACGUUUGCUUUGCCGACCAAGGCAGCGGCCCCAGGCAACGAUGCAUCGCUGGGGUACAAAGAGCUAAAGGCCCGUGCGAUGCACGGCGCACUGACGAUCGUGCCGGGCGACCGCGCGGUGUGUGCGUACGUCGACGCGGAGGGGUACGUGACACUCGCGGCGCUCGACGAUGCGCUCAAGGUAGAGCGCGUGCACCGUGUGCAGAGCACGCAGUCCGCGUCGAUCCUCGCAGUCGACGCACAGACCGUGGCGGUGUGCGACGGGCCGGUGCUGAGCCUAUUGACGCUCUCUGCGGACUCGCUCGAGGCGCGCGUGCACACGCAUCCUCUUCCGGAAUUGCCUGUGCCUGAAAGCGAGACGGCGCUGCCGUGGCGCAUCGUAGCAGCCGCCGACCAGCACGUCUUGCUGGAACGUGCACGCCGCGCCUCGAAAAGCGGCCCUGUGCACGCAGGCCUCGGCGCGUCGUCGGGUGCGGGGCAUCAUACGCAGACGCAGACAUCGUUUGAUGUCGCACUUGUGCGCUACGACACGUCUGUGCACCUCGUCUGGCACUUGACGGGAGACGAGCCGGUGAGUGCGGCGCUUAUCGGCGAGACGACGCUGCUUGGGGCAGAAGCGCCGUUUGGCGCAUCUGCCCCGCCGCCUGCAGCUCCUGCGCCUGCUUCCAAACCCGGAAAGACGCCGCCUUAUUCGUGGACACAGACGGACGACACUGUGACGGUCGCGUUUGCGCUGCCCGCGACGCUCACCAAGCACGAAAUCCGUGUGCACUUUUCGCGCAAAGGCGCGAGCAUCGGCCUGGCCUUGCGCGAGGCACACAUCACUGAACUGGGCGAAGAGCCGGCGCAUGCCGAUACCGAGGCAGCACUCCGCCAAGGAACCUACGAAUCGCGGGCGCUAUGGGGCGAGAUUGACGUCGCUACAAGUCUCUGGACGUGGGAACAUGUACAGACGCGCACGGCCGGCGAGACGCACGUCACGGGCCUCCUUACGCUGCAUAUCGCCAAGGCGCACGAAGGAACGCGGUGGUCAAGCGUGUUUGAGGGCGACGACAGCGUCAGCGAGACGCUCGAUCCCAGCGAGCUCCUUACAAUGCUCGAAGGACUCGAAAAGUAUACCGAGAACCCCGGCGCAGGCACCUCGAGCCUCUUGCAGGAUGGACUCGAAGAGGAGGACGAACUGGCCGGCACGCGCCUCGUAUUUACUGCAGUGCACGCCGACGGCACCACGUCGCAGAGCGCGCCGGCGGAUGCGGGCAUGCUCCUUGCGCGUACUGCGCCGUCCAACGUCCCCGACGCACGCCUCUUGCUCAAGUACGAUGUCGACGGCCUGCUGUUUGCCCCUCCGAAACCCUUGGCCCUCGCGCCGUGGGAGCAUACCGAGACUGCCCCGGCAAUUAGCUAUGUCCUCGCGUCAAAGCGCGACGCACAUCCUGUCUAUGUGCACCGCGCGCCGGGCGCAGCCUCUUCGACCGUCCUGGCAAUUGAGCCGCGCAUGGGAGGCUCGCGUGCCUCGCUCACACACAACGUGUUUGUAUACCGCGCCGCUCCCAAUGCCAACCAACCGGCCCCGUACUGGGCGCAGGCGUCGUGUCGGCUAGCGGCGCAUCUCGUCUAA